AAGUGACGGAAAAACCACAACAACCAAAAAAGAUGUAACAAUGGCGCCGGUUUUGAAACGUACUAUGAAAGAGCUUUUUGUGUGGACCAACGAGGAGAUAGAACUUCUGCUUCAGGUCACACUCGAUUACAAAAAGACAAAACUGAAGGAGAAUGUUGACUGGGAGACCUGCCAUUCAAAAUAUGCUGACAUCACGGACCAGUUCUUGGAUCAAUAUCCAAAGCAACCGAAAAACAAGGAUUUUCCGCACAGCACAGAUGCCAUAACGAAAUCCCAAGUGGCCUCCAAGGUUAAAAGCACUCGAACUAAAUACAGGCACGCAGUGACCACAGGGCGCCGAAAUGGACACGGACGUGUGAUAAUGAUAUUUUUUGAUGUGUGUGAAAACAUAUGGGGGAAUUCGCCUGCUGCGUGUCCGCUGGACGCUGGCAUCGAGACGGGGGAAAUAAAAGGAGAGCCCAUGCAAGAAAAAGGGAUCAAAGAAGAAGUAAAGGAGGUGGUAAAAGAAGAAGUACAAGCGGAUUCCCAUUCAUCUCCGAUUUUGGAGUGUUCAACGGAUUCGCCAGAAAUAAUCGAAAUCUCAACUUCUGUGCCCCCUGCGAUCGUCCGGCCAAAGCUUAGCUGUCACAGCAUUGACCGACUGAAAAGAAAACAAGACCAGGAAAUCCUGGAAGACUUGCAAAUAAAAAGAAGAAUGUUAAAAUUGAUGGAGGAAUCAUCAAGACGCGACGCAGAUGCCAUGGAACAGAUGAUUACAAGCAUUGCUAAGAUGAGCAGCACAAUUCAGGAAGGCCUUGCCCUGAUGAAGGAAGUAUUUGCACAAUCCGAAAGUAGCAGCGGUGGAUCUUCUGUUUAUAUGUGCCAAAACUCAACUAAACCAGCCUGUAUGUGUUUGCAUAAUACAAGAACACAUCACAAUCAUGGUCAAGUUCCUCUGCAGCAUGAAUGCAAUGCGGUCACUCAUAAUUGUUGCUGUUGUCGACGGUGAUAGGGCACAGUUAUGAGAUGGUAUAAAAGAACUGGACAAACCUAUGGUGGCCUAGUGUUAGUUUACCGUUCCGGGUUCUGCCAUGUUUCCUGUCAGUGUUGGUGAAGCGUUGUAUUUUUCACAAUGCUAGACUAUGUUCAAGGUUCAACUGUAUGUUCAUGUUUAGACAUAUAAAAGUGAAAUAUGACGUCAGGUAAUUAUGGUAGUCAUUUAUUUUCUGCUUUAUUUUAUAUUGUAUUUAGGUCAGUAGGUUGGUGAGUCUGUUCUCGCCAGGGUUUUUUUUUUUUUUUUUUACGCUAGUCGUUUUGUGCUUAGGGAUCUGGUAUUAAAUUUUGUGCUGUAUCGUGCAAA